GAUCAGUACUCAUCAAUCCAGCAUCAGCAGACAUUAUGAAUGGAAUUCCUCCUGAUAUCAGACACUUACACUGUGGGUGUGGCCCAAAGUUCAUAACAUUUUUAAAAAUGAUUAUAUGACAUAAGAUGAGACCAUGGUUAAGUUUUCUAUUCUAAUUGUGCAUCAGACAGUAAACAGGAAGUGACCUGAAGUGAACUGUGAAGAAGAACUCAGUGUGGGCGUGUCUGUAAGGAGUGUCAGUGGGGGCGUGUCUGUAAGGACAUGUCAGUGUGGGCGUGUCUGUAAGGAGAUAUCAGUGUGGGCGUGUCUAAGGAGUGUCAGUGUGGGCGUGUCUGUAAGCAGAUAUCAGUGUAGGCGUGACUGUAAGGACGUGUCAGUGUGGGCGUGUCAAUGAGGAUGUGUCAGUGUGGAUGUGUCUGUAAGGGCUGUCAGUGUGGGCGUGUCUGUAAGGAGUGCCAGUGUGGGGGUGUCUGUAAGGAGUGUCAGUGUGGGCGUGUCUGUAAGGACAUGUCAGUGUGGGCGUGUCUGUAAGUACAUGUCAGUGUGGGCGUGUCUGUAAGGAGAUAUCAGUGUGGGCGUGUCUAAGGAGUGUCAGUGUGGGCGUGUCUGUAAGCAGAUAUCAGUGUAGGCGUGACUGUAAGGACGUGUCAGUGUGGGCGUGUCAAUGAGGACGUGUCAGUGUGGAUGUGUCUGUAAGGAGUGUCAGUGUGGGCGUGUCUGUAAGGAGUGCCAGUGUGGGCGUGUCUGUAAGGAGUGUCAGUGUGGGCGUGUCUGUAAGCAGAUAUCAGUGUAGGCGUGUCUGUAAGGACGUGUCAGUGUGGGCGUGUCAAUGAGGACGUGUCAGUGUGGGCGUGUCUGUAAGGAGUGUCAGUGUGGGUGUGUCUGUAAGGAGUGUCAGUGUGGGCGUGUCUGUAAGGAGUGUCAGUGUGGACGUGUCUGUAAGGACGUGUCAGUGUGGACGUGUCUGUAAGGACGUGUCAGUGUGGGCGUGUCUGUAAGGACGUGUCAGUGUGGGCAUGUCUGUAAGGACGUGUCAGUGUGGGCGUGUCUGUAAGCAGAUAUCAGUGUAGGCGUGUCUGUAAGGACGUGUCAGUGUGGGCGUGUCAAUGAGGACGUGUCAGUGUGGGCGUGUCUGUAAGGAGUGUCAGUGUGGGUGUGUCUGUAAGGAGUGUCAGUGUGGGCGUGUCUGUAAGGAGUGUCAGUGUGGACGUGUCUGUAAGGACGUGUCAGUGUGGGCGUGUCUGUAAGGACGUGUCAGUGUGGGCGUGUCUGUAAGGACGUGUCAGUGUGGGCAUGUCUGUAAGGACGUGUCAGUGUGGGCAUGUCUGUAAGGACGUGUCAGUGUGGACGUGUCUGUGUGGACGUGUUAACAGAAACUGUUUAUUAUUAGAGAUUUAUAGAGAUGUGAGUUUCAUACUGUAAUGUUCUGCAAAACUUCAGGACUAACGGUGUCCUGUGGAUGGAAGGUGAUCAGGAAGCGACCAAAUCUCAGACUGCAGCAAUGACAUGUUCAAGCCAAAAGAGGGCGCUGUGAGGUCACAAAUGGAUCUGAGAGCCAUACAAUAGAACAUCACAAGUGGUCCAAAAGCUAAAGGCAUGUGCAGUGAUGGACAUUAGGUGUCACAAACAGCAUUUGUUUAAAUGCUAAAGUGGGAAGUGGGCGGGGUUACAAACAUCAAACACAUCCAUUAUUACUGAACCAAAAACCUGAAUGUUUUGAGGGGCUCCAUCAUGUUCCUGUCAGAAGAUGAGGAUGAGCUGACCAGCAGGAGGCACCAGAGACUCCUGAUCCGGCUCAGAAUAAGGAAGUGCGACAGGUGUGCAAAUCAGCUCCUCCCUUAGAAACUGUUGCCAAUGAAACAGCCAAUGAAGAUCCUGGAAACCCGAGCUGCAGGUCUUUUAUGGUCAGUGAGCGUUUGAUGAUAGAAGCAGCAGGGUGGAGCGAGGCAGAGAGGGAGAGUGAAGAGAGAGGACGAAGUGCAGAUCAGACAGGAAACACAGAGUCACGCUGAAGAUCUAAGGAGAGAACUGAGAAGAAACAUGAACCUGGAUCAAUAUGACGACAACCAAAGUGACAGUGGCGUGUCUGCUGAUUUCUCCCUCAACAGCAUGUCAGAUAACGAGACGCCAAUAGAGAGGGAGAUACGCCUCGGCUUCGAGCGUGAGCAGAGCCUUCGCCGCUCACGAGGCCUGGACGAGACCAGAGGGUUCAUCGAGAUCCCGCUCAGAAAGUCCAUCCUCUCUCAGGAUCUCCCAGACAAGUCACUGAAAGAUCACAGCAAGGAGCGGCAGUUCGCUGGGAAGAAGAUGCAGCAUGAGAUUCAUGCUGAAUCUGAGAGAGAGAAGGUGCUGGUCAAGCUCGGGAGACUGCCUGGAUUUUAUGACAAAGGAACCAUGAGACAACUUCAGGAGAAAAAGCUUCUCUUUGAAGCAUUCCAGGAAUCCAGAGAUCUCCAAAUCUCCAGCAGUGGAAAUCAGGAACCCUUAAAAAGCUUGGAGAUGCACUUAAAGACCCAUUCCUCAUUCCAGCCCACUGAAGCUUUACCCAAAGAUCUUCAGCACUCAAGAAACCAUGAUAAUAAACCAUUCAGAACUGUCCAGGAUCUGAAGAACGAGGGAACAUCCUGUGUUUCAUCCUGUAAGAUAUUAAAUGGUAGAAAUCAGGACUGCUCGUCUAAGGAACACACAAAGCACACAGGAUUAGAUUCUCCUCAACUUUUCCCAUCUCUGAAAGAGAAGAAGCUCCUGUUUGAAUCCCUCCAGGACAUGGAGGUUUCUCAGAAGAAAAGCUUGGACUUAUUUUUAAAGAACCAAAAUUCUGGAUUAAAAACCAUUCAGGAACCCAAAGAUCUCCAGAUCAAAAGAAAUCAGAAUGACAAGAUGAUGGAAAUUUCUAAUGAAACAGCAAGAAACCUGAAAAUGCAGAACCCAAAACAGUGUGGUCCAGGGUUCUCAGAAGCUGUGGAACGGCAGGUGAUAAUCCUCGAGAAGAAUCCUACAGUGAUUUUAGACCCAAACAGACAGGUUUACAAACCAGUGACUGAGACGGACUUAGGAACCAUCAGAUCGUCACAUGAGGAACGUCAUCGCAGCUCAAAAGUCCAAGACCUGAUGGCUAACAGUGAAGAACAGAAGGAGAACCCAUUCUUCAAACUGAGAUCGUCACUGUCCCGACUCCCGGACAUGCAGAAGGACAUUCAAGAAGCAAAAAAGCGGGAGGAAGAACUUUGCAAACAGAGGAUGUGUCUCUAUGGCAACGGGUCAAAGAUCACAGUGACACCGAGCAGAACCAGACCAACGCACAGCAACACAAACACACUGGAACAGAACCUGAACACCUCAUCAGUUAGUUCAUCAUUUGGGAAGUUGGAUGUAACAUGGCCACCUCCUUCUCUACAGAACAGACACAACACACAGCCUGAGGUAAAGGAACAGAGACAGACGAACCUGUUAGUCCAGAGCUGGGAAUCAGGUCUGAUCAACGGACACAGCAACGACCAUCACAACUGAAGCAAACACACACCUUCUGAAGACCAGAGGGAACAUCAGUCUUUACUUUAAACACCUGCUAAGACUGUUAAACACCAAUGCUAAUCAGAUCACACACACACACACACACACACACACACACACACACACACACACACACACACACACACACACACACACACAGACUCUCAUUCACAAACAAAAAUAGUGUUUAUUUCAGUCUUUAAUUCAGUUAUUAUUUAACUGACUAACAUGCUAAGCUUUAAUGAGAGCAGUGCUAUGCUAGCUAGCCUGUUUCUUUAUUGAAUCUUUAUGGGAUGUUUAUUUUUUCUGGUUCCAGUGUUGAUCUAGUUUAUAGACUGAAAUCUAACAUGUCAGUCAUCUAUUUAGAAAACUUAUUCAGAUAUUUUAGUUGAGUUGUUCCUCAGACAGGACGUCAGUUUAGCACUAGCCAGUUAGCUCUAUUAUAGUUCACAUUAUAGCACCAAUAAUACCAGAGCGAGAUCCUUGUUAUUUAUCAUCAGUAAGCUAGUUUUAGAUAGUUUUAGCAAACAUUUUCUACUUUUUUAUUGAUUAAAAUCACUUUUAAACUCACUUCACUGUGCUACAGUGUGGGGUGUGAGUGUGAAAUGUGUGUAAAUCACCACGAAGAAGAACAUGAUGUCUUUUCAUUACAACUGUUUGGCUAGUUUCAGUGUCGGUGAGGUUUCUGAGAUGUAGACUGUACACCUGUAAACACUGUAACGAGGUUAAGCUCCAACACAGUCAGGUAUCAGACUCCAACCCUAACCCUAGCCUCCACUUCAUAUGGUUGGAGGCUAUGUCAUUAUUAAUGUCAUCAAGAACUCUGGUCAUGAGCCGUCUAAAUAUUUCACAGCAUGUUCUCUGAGUCACUUCGCUGAACCACAGUGAAACAGAGAGAAGAAAAGAAGAAAAGCAGGGCUUUGUUACCACCUGCUAGUGGAUAUUUCACAGGCAAAUCCUGAGAGAUCACACACACACACACACACACACACACACACACACGCACACACAGCCGAGUCCUGAACGUCUCAUGUGUGUUCAGGGCGUGAGACAGGCAUUCCUUCCGCACACAGAGAUACAGUAAGGACACGCCCACAUGUCACUCAAUUUCACCUUCACC